GCCGUACCUUAGCCUCAUCGCCGACGCCGCAGCCCCGGCCCCGUCUUGCGCACACCCGGCGCACCUUCUGGAUCCGCCCCUGCGCGCAGCACUCGCCCCCCGCCCCCCGCCCCUGCUCGUCGAGCCCUCGCUCCCCGGAUCUCCAGCCAUGUACGGCGGCGACGAGGUCUCGGCCAUCGUCAUCGACGUGGGCUCCUACAGCUGCAAGGCCGGCUACGCGGGCGACGACACCCCCAAGUCCGUCUUCCCCUCGGUUGUUGGUUCAAUUGAACAAGCGGAAGAUACCGAUGAAGCUAAGCCAGAGAAGGAGGCUGACUCUGCAUCAGAUCCUAAGAAUGGAUCCAAGCCUAUGGAUGUGGACAAAGCGAAGAAAAACCGCAAAUUUUAUGUAGGUCAAGAAUUAGAAUUCAGGAGGGAUCAUAUGGAGGUGAUCUCACCGAUGAAAGAUGGAACAGUUACGGAUUGGGAUGUUGUUGACAACAUAUGGAAUCAUGCUUUUAGACGGCGGCUAUUGAUCAAUCCUGAAGAGCAUCCUAUGCUCAUAGCGGAACCAUCUAUAAACAGUGCACAGCAAAGAGAGAAAGCAGCAGAACUUAUGUUUGAGAAGUACAAAGUGCCAGCGCUGUUCCUAGCAAAAAAUGCAGUUCUCACAUCUUUUGCAUCUGGACGUGCUACAUCUCUAGUGGUUGACAGUGGUGGUGGGUCUACUGUGGUUUCUGCUGUGCAUGAUGGUUAUGUUUUGCAAAAGUCUGUGGCAACUUCUCCGAUUGGUGGUGAAUUUUUAACUGACUGUAUGAUGAAAAGCUUGGAGAGCAAGGGCGUUGUUAUCAGGCCCCGGUAUUCAUUCAAGAAGAAGGAAGUGAGCCCUGGAGAUUAUAAGGUUGUAGACCUUGAUUUUCCAAACACCACGGAUAGUUACAGGUUGUACCACAUGAGAGCUAUUGCUAGUGACAUCAAGGAGACGGUUUGUAGAGUUCCAGAUACUCCUUUCGAUGAAGUGGCAUAUGCAAAUGUUCCUACAACUUCAUAUGAGCUUCCUGAUGGGCAAACUAUCGAAGUUGGUGCAGAGAGAUUCAAGAUUCCUGACAUUUUGUUCAACCCAUACCUUUCUCAGACUAUUCCUGGGAUCGAUGGAUUUGGAGAUUCCACUUCGAUUCGUGGACUUCCACGAAUGGUCCUUGAGAGUGUAAAUAGGUGUGAUGUUGACAUUCGCAAGGAGCUACUCAGCAGCAUCUUGCUUUCUGGUGGCUCAUCAUCAAUUCUGCAGUUAAAGGACCGUCUAGAAAAAGAAGUACUGGAGGAGUCCCCUCAAAAUGCUCGUGUAAAGGUUUUGGCAAGUGGAAAUUCAACAGAGAGGCGAUUCAGUGUCUGGAUUGGAGGGAGCAUCCUUGCAUCCCUUGGGUCGUUCCAGCAAAUGUGGUUCUCCAAGGCAGAGUACGAGGAGCACGGCGUUUCCUAUAUCCAGAGGAAAUGCCCAUGAAAUGGCGAAGCAUGCAUGCAGCCCAAGCUUUGUGUUGCCCAAAGAUGUGUGUGGGCAACAGUUAGAUGCAGGCGACCGACUAUCUUUAGGUCCGUGAGUGCAGCUCUAGAACAAACUCAGCUGAUACUUGCACGUGCGUGCCCAAAGAUGUGCGUUGGUUGCCACCUUUGUUAUCUGGGGGAUAUUUAUAAUUGUUGUCGUUACCGAAUUAUCUUUAGCUCCACGAGUCCAACUUGAGAACAAACUCAUCUGAUACUUGUCAUUGAUGGUAGAUACUAGCAGUUCAUGCGAUGAAUUUUCUCGCCGUUGAUGUAGAAUGUGUAACAGUUUACUCUGCAGACGUCAAUCAAUGUAUCUGCGAUUCAAGUAUUAGCCAUUUAGGUAUGCAGCUGGUUCUUGAA